AUGAUGAGGUGGAAAGAAGAGUUUUUAUUGGUUCAGGAAGAAAUGAGGCAUGUUAUUGAAUAUCUCAACUGGAGGGCAGCAUGGUGGCAUGAAUGGAGUUCCUUAAGAACUCACACUGAUGCUACGGUAUCAAGCAGGAUCUCUGGUUACACUAAUAAGCAAGCAGCUAUAUGUAGUCGCAUUGCUGAGCAGUGUGCCUGA